CAUGUCUGACGCCGCACAUUCUUUCUGGAAACGGUAUCUCGGGGGUUGCGGUUCAAAUCCCCCGCCAUACCUACCAGCCGAAUGGGUGCAAACGAUGAAUGUACUAUCCAAUGUCGCUCGCUAGCUAGCUAGCUAGGAUGCUGUACGGAUAUCGGCGACGCGAGGAAGCAGGAAAGAGCAGCAUAAGCUGCAUCAACGACAAGCACAUGCGCCUCUUUCGUCGGUGUCUCGAACCACCAACCCAGCCGACGAAUGGGGUCGGCGGGCAGGGGAACUCCAGCUCCUUCCUCGCUUCGACAACUGAAGAGCGGCAAUUGACGAACAGCGAGUACUGACCAAGCAAGCAACCAGGUUGAAAAGUGUAAAGAACUCUACAAAAGAUAGCUGUAUCUUCUUCCAGGCUGCACUUGAUAGAUCUGUUGAGGCGUGGUAGAAGCUGGAUAGCUGGAAACACAAUGCCUCUUCAUAGUGGCAGCUUGAGCUGGCUGGCUGGCCAGAUGGAGCCUUCUCAUUGUCCACGCUGCGAUCUGCAAGCUGCUUGCAUUGUGUUGCUGUUUGUUUUGCUUGUUUCGCUGUUUGGCUGCCAACUGCAGCUGGCCGGUUGCUGUCAUGCUUCUUUUGUACAGUACACUUACUAGUAUGGUACCUUGGCGGGGAGUGUGACCCAAAAAUGACUGCCAGUCACAGACGAAAGAAAGGGACAUGAGGUCUUGAAGUUCGGUUUUUGGGCUCACAUUUUGAUGUAUUUCAAGCGUUCCCAAACCAAGCACCCGAGAUGCGAAGAGUGAAAUAUUCAAUGCGAAGCAGCGGCAAGCACCCAGCGUGGCUUUUGCAAUCGAUAGAAAGAGGCUCACAAAAACUCCUCCGAGCAAUCAAACAACAGCACAGAAACCAACAAGCAACAAGCGACAACGACGGCAAUCCAAUCCUUUCAUAGAUCCAAAAACCUAAAUCUCAAAGCAACCACCUUUCCAUUAAAAAAAAAUCAACAUCAUCAUGUUCCUCCGAAUUACUUCUCAAGCACUCUUCCUUCUCGCCGCCGUGGCGACUACAUCUCAGGGAGCAGACUAUGGACUUGACUGUUCCUUUCCCAUCCACAACUAUAAUUCUUCCUGCGGUGAUCUCUUGGGAGACCGCAAAGCAUUCUAUGAAGACUACAUGGAGGGAUGCCGACAAUAUUAUGGAAAGAAAGGAAAGCGCUGUGAUGCAACCGAAGACGACCGUCUCAUCAUGAGCAGGCGACAGCCUAAAUCCAUGGUCAACUACACUGAUACUGGCUUCAAGAAGAUCAAGGCACCUGAGGGUGUCAUGAAGCUCCUUCGUGAACACUGGGAACGCAACAAGAAUAGCCAAACACAAGAAGUGUGGCCCCUCGGAAACACCUAUGUCAACCACUGGGCAUCCCCAACUUACAUGGUAUCCGUCGAGGAUCAGCAGCUCAGGGGAACCGGAGGAAUGCGCCUUAAGAACCAGAUCUGGGACGCUGCCAAGACCACCAUUGAAGAAUGGACUGGAAUGGAGCUCAAGCCAACCUCCAUGUACGGCAUCCGUGUCUACACGGAAGGAGCCGUGUUGAACCCUCACGUUGACAGGCUUCCGUUGGUCAGCUCUUGCAUUGUCAAUGUGGCCCAGGAUGUCGAUGAACCAUGGCCUCUGGAAAUUUAUGACAGACAUGACCGCGCUAUCAACGUUACUAUGGAACCUGGUGACAUGGUCUUGUACGAAAGCGGAAGUCUCAUGCACGGCCGCCCAUUCGCAAUGAAGGGCCGCUACUACGCCAACAUCUUUAUCCACUUUGAGCCAACUGGACGUCCCCUUAGCCGCGAAAUUCCCGAAGGCGGCGCCGAUCAGGAUGACGAGUUCUACCCUCCCUACUUGCUCAAGGACUCUGAAGAACUUGAAAACUGGGCCAACCAAAACCCCUACGGAUGGAAGAAGCCUUCUCCUACUGCUGCCCAAGUUGAUACUCCCGAGGGUCACUACUACGCACAACAAGGAGACCUCGAGAAGCUCAAGUCCUUGGAAAGCAAGAACCCCAAGGCUCUUCUCAAGAAGGAUCGCAAUGGCUGGACUCCUCUUCACGAAGCUAUCCGUAUUGGGCACACUGAGUCUGUCAAGUACUUGAUCAAGUUUGGAGCCGACAAGGAUCUGCGUACCCACCACGGUAAGGGAGGAUCACCCUUGAAUCUUGCCAUUGGAGAGUUGACCGAAAACCACCCCGUAUCACGAUAUUUGUCGGGGAUUGGGGCAAAGAAUCUUGGCCCCGAAUUGUAAGCGGUGCUGUCUUUGCAAGCGCUUGCUCGGAUUGACUCUAUACCGUACAAUCAGAUUCGAUUCUAAAUCAUGAUACAUCACAGUGUCAACAAAACACAACAACAACAACAAAACAGGCUUUGGUUGGGCUACAGAAGAAGCAAUCAACUAGACAACUGAUAACUUAAAACUCUAGAAUGCAUAAUAUUUUCU